GUGAUUUAAAGACGCAUUCUGUGGGUUAGAAGCUGUCAACUGUAAACCAUGUGGAUCGACUAUCAAAAACUAGGAACGCUGAGGCCGUUUCGGCAACGGGAUAAGGAUGUUGACGGCUGAAAAGACCUCGCGUGCCGUGGCUGUGUUUCUCGUCUUUCUUUAUUCCCAGCUUGCAUUAGUCGUUUGACACGAGAGUUCUUCUUGCAUCUAUUCUCUUCACUAUUGCAAAAUGGAUGUCGAAGCUCUCAUUCAGCAGUUGACGCUUGAAGAAAAAGUUGCGUUGACAGCCGGGACUGGAUGGUGGCAUACUACGGCAAUUGACCGUCUUUCAAUCCCAUCUAUUCGGCUUUCUGAUGGCCCAAAUGGAGUCCGGGGCACGCACUUCUUCGAUAGCACGCCUUCAGCAUGUCUACCUUGCGGCACGGCUCUAGGAUCAACCUUUGACACCAAUCUCGCUGAGCGUAUUGGCGGCUUGCUAUCAGAUGAGGCGCAUGCCAAAGGUGCUCAUGUCCUUCUCGGCCCUACCAUCAACAUCCAACGAGGACCCCUCGGCGGAAGAGGCUUUGAGUCCGUGUCGGAGGACCCGAUCCUCUCCGGUAUCAUUGCUGGGCACUAUGUCCGCGGUGUCCAAGAGUCUGGAGUGUCUGCCACGUUGAAGCAUUUCGUAUGCAAUGACAUGGAGAGCGAGCGAAUGGCCGUCGAUGCGCUGGUCACCGCGCGUGCCAUGCGAGAGAUUUAUCUGCUGCCCUUCAUGAUUGCCAUCGAGAUGGGACAGCCCCGCGCCAUCAUGACCUCCUACGGCAAGGUCAACGGCUGCCACGCUGCAGAGAACUACCACAUUCUACAAGAGAUCCUGCGGGAUGAGUGGAAGUGGAAGGGUCUGGUCAUGAGCGACUGGUACGGAACAUACAGCACCUCCGAGGCCAUCAACGCCGGCCUGGAUCUUGAGAUGCCCGGACCUACACGAUGGCGCGGAGAGGCUCUCAGCCAUGCUGUGACGGCGAACAAGAUUAAGAAGGCUACCCUCGAUGAGCGGGUGCGCAACGUACUGAAGCUGAUCAAGCACGGUCUUGAGAACACUUCCAUUCCUCCCAACGCUCCGGAGAAGCAGCUCAACACCCCUGAGCACAUUGCUCUCCUACGAGAAGCCGCGGCAAAGUCAAUUGUCCUGUUGAAGAAUGAGCAAAACGUCCUGCCGUUCAACCCCAACAAGAGCGUGGCUGUAAUCGGCCCCAACGCCAACAUUGCAACAUACUGCGGCGGCGGCAGCGCUGGUCUCCGCGCCUACAAGGCCGUUACACCUCUCGAGGGCGUCAAGAGCCUCGCCAGCGACGUCGUCUUUUCUCAGGGCGCCUACGGCCACCAGAUGCUGCCGGUUCUGGGCAAGGCGUUGCGGACCGUGGACGGAAAGCAGGGGUUCUCUCUCCGUUUCUACAACGACCCGCCCAAGGCCAAGGGUAUCACGGGUGCUCGACCGAUGCUGGAAGAGCGGAUCCUUGACGAUACCUACACGUGGUUUGUCGACUAUGAGCACCCCGACCUGGCCGACAUUUGGUACGCCGAGGCCGAGGGCAUCCUGACGCCUGACAAGUCUGGCGAGUGGGAGUUUGGCCUGUCGGUCCACGGAACCGCGGAGCUCUUUAUCAACGGCGAACUAGUGGUUUCCAACAUUGAGAACCAGCGACUCGGAAACAGCUUUGUCGGCUGCGGAACCGUCGAAGAGACUGGCAGCAUCACCCUCGAGGCCGGCAAAGACUACCGCAUCCUCGUGCAAUGGGGCUGCUCCAAGACCAGCAAGCUUAAGGUCUCGGGCAUGGUGGACUUUGGCCAGGGCGGUCUUCGCUUCAGCGGCUGUCCCAAGCUCGACGCCGCCGCCGCCAUCCAGGAGGCUGUCCAGGUUGCCAAGUCUGUCGACCAGGUUGUGCUCUGCGUUGGAACCAGCGGCGAGUGGGAGUGUGAAGGCCAGGACCGCACCACCAUGGUUCUUCCUCCGGGGACCGAUGAGUUGGUGGAAGCUGUGAUUGCCGCCAAUCCCAACACUGCUGUUGUCAUCCAGAGCGGUACUCCCGUCGCUAUGCCGUGGGUUGAUCGUGCCAACACGGUGCUGCAGGCCUGGUUCGGUGGCAACGAGGGUGGAAACGGCAUUGCCGACGUGCUCUUUGGAGCCAUCAAUCCUGCCGGAAAACUUCCCAUUACCAUGCCUCGCCGUUUGGCUGACAACCCCAGUGCUCUGAGCUUCCGUUCUGAGAACGGCCGUGUUCUGUACAGCGAGGAUGUCUAUGUUGGAUAUCGCUGGUUUGAUACGUUGGACAUUACACCUCUGUUUGCCUUUGGGCAUGGUUUGUCUUAUACGUCGUUUGAGUUGUCUGGGCUGGAGGUGACUCAGGACCAAGCCAACGGUCACACCAACGGUCACACAAAUGGUCACAAUGGCCACACAAAUGGUCUGGUCAAUGGUCACUCCGCAGACGAAUCUGAUGCUCUGAUUGUUCACGACGUUGAGCAACUCACUGUCCACGUUCAAGUCGCCAACACCGGCUCCCUCGCUGGUGCCGAGGUCGUCCAAGUCUACGUCAAGCCUGCAGCAUCAACACCAUUAACCAGCUCAGCCAGAGAUACCAUCACGCGUCCGGCCAAAGAGCUCAAGGGCUUUACCAAGGUCCACGUCGAGGCUGGAGCCAGCGAGACAGCUGUGGUUACGCUGGACCUAUUGCGCGCGACCAGCUACUGGAGCGAGCAGAUGGACUGUUGGCACAGCGCUCCUGGGUCGUAUGGGAUUUUGGUCGGGACGAGCAGCCGCGGAACGUUUUUGGAAAAGACUGUCGUUCUGAAGAAGAGCAGGACUUGGAAGGGACUCCGCAAUUGAUUACGAUAUAGACUUGGGAGCAUAUUGGUACAUAGGAUAGGAGGCGUUUGGUAACGGAUAAUGACUUUUAGGAGAGGAGUGAAGUUACAGCGCACUUGAUAUUGUGGUUGCCCCUAAGUUCCAGCGCAUUCAGCAGUCUUAACCCCCAAUCUCCAGCGCACUCAACUGGCGCCCCUAAUCCCCAGCGCAUUUAGCAUGAGCAUUGCAUUCACACACACGAGUAU